AUGGACACGCUCUUGGACAAGCAGCCGGAGCCCAACACGCGCUCCGUCAGCGCCUCCUCCGCCCGCGGGUCCGUCUGGGCCCUGCCUCCGCCCACCACGCCGCUCGGCCGCGCGCGGCGGCAGCUGAACCUCCUCCUGAACGAGCCGUCCUCGUCGACCGCCGCGUGGGUGGUCUCGUGGGUGGUGGUGAUCGCUAUCGUCGUGUCGACCACCACCUUCGUCGUCUCCUCCACGGAGUGGUCGCGCAGCAGCGACUGGUACCCCGCCUUUGCUGCCGACGCAGAGUACACUGUCGUCGCAAUCUUCACACUCGAGUACCUGCUGCGCCUGCUCGUCCACGAGAAGGGGUCGCGGCUCACCUUCCUCGUCGAGCCGAUGAACCUGAUCGACCUCGCCGCCAUCCUCCCCUUCUACCUCGAGCUCUACCUCUCCUCACACGGCGGCGCGAGCGGCGCAGGAGGCGUCCUGCGAGUCAUGCGAGUCGUGCGGCUGAUGCGGCUGCUUCGCCACUCGACCGAGCUGCAGCUCUUCGCCAAGGCGAUCUCGAAGAGCGCCGAGGGGCUCAAGAUGCUCGUCGUCCUCGUCUCGGUCGCCGUGCUCAUCUUUUCGGCGCUGCUCUGGUACGCAGAGCGCGGCGUCUUGGUGAACGGGGCGUUCGUCCGCUCCGACGGCUCCGUGUCGCCCUUCCCCUCCAUCCCCUCCACCUUCUGGUGGGCCGUCGUGACGAUGACCACCGUCGGGUACGGCGAUACCUUCCCGGUGGAGGCGGGGGGCAAGGUGUACGACGAGUACAAGCGCAAGCAGGCGGCCAAGAAGGCGGUCAGCGACGCGAUGCUGCUGCACAACACGUUUGGCGCCGGCGCGACGCUGCGCGAGCUCGUCGCGCUGUGCGAGGAGGAGGAGGAGGCGGUGAAUCAGCUCUUCGGACGCGCACUCGCCACGCUCGACGCCAGCGACUCGGAGGGCGCAGACGUGGCGCGCGCGCAGCUCGAGUCGUACCAGGCGAUGGCGCAGCUCGGCAUGACUGGCCUCUCCAAGCUGAUGACGAGCAACACCUAUUUGCGCGCCGCGAGCGGCGAGUGA